UUCGAUGGAACCCAAGCGUUGGGUUCUUUCGAACCUAAGACGCCCGGGUUCGUCUGAACCUAGAAGGAUGCCUGGCUUCUUGGGUUUCGAACCCAGGAAGCCUGGGGUGCAAUACCUUUGGUUGGGUAUCGACGAACCCAGCACAGCCGUGUUGGGUAUCAACGAAACCCAGUAAACCUAGCUGUUAAAUGAAAUCCAACUCUGUUGAUUUACAAUUUGAUUGUAUUUUUGUUAGAAUUUGAUUAGAGUUUGAUUGAUAUUGUUUAUUGAGGAAUUAAUUUGAUGGAGUGGAGAUGAGAGAGCAUUAAGAGAAGAAGAAAUGGGUUAAGAUUGA